AUGGAAAAAUGUCAGUUCCACAAAGACACCAUUAAAUUUUUGGGAUACAUAAUCUCUCCCAAAGGCAUUCAAAUGGAUCAAGAAAAGGUAACAGCCAUAAUCAAUUGGCAAACACCUACUACAUUGAAAUCUCUACAAAGAUUUCUAGGUUUCUCAAACUUUUACAGGAAAUUCAUUAAUCAUUAUUCCACCAUAGUUCAACCUUUAACUCGUCUGACUGGAAAACAAAAAUUUGUUUGGGAUUCCAAGGCUGAGCAAGCCUUUCACAAUUUAAAGGAGAAAUUUACAACAGCUCCUAUCUUGAGAAUACCUGAUCCAGAUUUGCCAUACACCCUGGAGGUGGAUGCCUCUAAUGUUGGAAUUGGCGCUAUACUUUUACAACCUGGAAAACAAGAUAAUCAACUUCAUCCUAUCGCCUAUUACUCUUGA